AUGUGUCAACUCCCUGGUGUGUUCUGGGCUGACUUCCUAGGAGGGGCAGCUCUCGGUCUUGUUCUCACUGGUGGUUAUGCCUUAGCUCGGAAAGGACUGCAAAAGCUAUGUAGAAAUAUUAGAAGCGGAACCAAUUCCAAACGGCAAGUUCUUCAAGAUGAUCUCCAGGUCCUAGCUACCAGUAACAACUUUCAACUAAGAAGAAGUGCUAUUCGACUCUUGAUUGAAAAGGCUGUAAAUGAGAAUGAGAUGGACAAAAUUGUUUCUGCUUGCCAUAGUGAUCAGGAAGAGUUAAGAAUGAAAGGGGUGACUGUGCUAAAGUUUCUUGUCAGAAAGGGCAAAGAACUGAGAAUUUAUUACCAUCAGCAGUAAUUCAUGAUCGUCUGACAAAGUACUGUUUUCAUAACAUUCCUAUCUUGAACCAGCUGGAUUAUGCGCCGUGGUAGCAAGCAACUCUGAAAAUGAAACUCGGUGGAUUUGGUUUAACUUCAACUGAAAGUAUCUGUCAUGCUGCGUAUUUAGCUGCUUGGGCACGCUCUCUACAUGAGCUGCCAAAGAGAUUUCCCUGUCUUGCCAAACAGCUUAAUGAAUAUAUAUCAACUAGUAAAACAGGGUUAAUUUUACAUGGAUUGGUGGCCCAACUACUCCCAAAGUCAAAUGCGGAAGAAGAGAAGUUGCAAUUUCAUUUUCUGGAGAAAAUGAUUGAUUAUCCUAGAAAACUUCAACAUUGCUUGACAUUGGAUAUAUCUCAGAAACAGUCAGAAGAUUUCAUUUAAAAAAAUAAGUCAAAUCAGGAUGCUGCCAGGCUUAGGUCAUUACAGGGAAAGGUGCAGGAGCAUGACUUGAUGUUAUUCCCUCAACAUACAAGAACACACGUAAACCUAACGAAUUUUGGUUUAGUGUCUUGUAUGAGAUUGGGGAUCAGCUUGCCAUUUAGUCAAUUGCUUGAGCAUUGUGGCUGUGGACAGAAGUUAGAUCAAGAAGGCUUUUAUUUGAUUACCUGAAAUAUGGAGGCGGUCCUGUCUAGUCUCACGAUACUAUUGUUGCUGAGUGGUCUGCUUGCCUAAUGGAGCUGGGUAUUCCUCAUCAAACAGAACCGAGAAACAGAUAUGUACAAACUGAUGGAAGACCAGACAUUACAUUCUACAACAUUGAUUCUGGUGUCACCUAUGAAUGUGAUGUUUCUUUGGCUUAACUUGGAGGAAAGACGUAGUGAAUGGAGCUGCAAAGGUCUGCAGACAUGCAGCGACAAAAUGGGAAUCAGAAAAAUGUUACAAAUAUUCAAAGGAGAUCUUGCCAGAUUGAUCUAGCCUUGAAAUUGUUCCGCUAAGUCUUGAGCAAUUUGGUACAUGGGGAUCACAAGCGGAAACUUACUGCAUGAACUGGGAAGAAAGGAAAGGCUCAUUGAAGGAAGACGAGUAGAUGCAGAGUUUAUGUCAUAUUGGCGACAACAUUUUUCUGUGACUCUUCAAAAAUGCAAUUAUUAUUUCAGACUGUAAACUUGUCAACAAAUAGACUAAUGGAGGAUAAUGUAGUUAGCAGAGAUAGAUGCUUCACACAUUGAAAUAGUUGAACUUGUUUAUGAAGCGUUUUCUUUUAAUUAUUGAAAAAUCAUGUAUUCUAGUGUGUAGAGAUGCUGUAUCCUAAUAUAAUAACCUGCCUGCC